AUGGAGUGUGUCUCGACUGCUUCCUUCUCUGUAUCACUGAAUGGAAGGCUGAAUGGAUUUUUCAAAGGGAGGAAGGGGCUUAGACAGGGUGAUCUUUUGUCACCCCUGCUUUUUUUUAUUUUUGUGGAGUACUUGUCAAGGCUACUCAAAUCAUUGGAGGGUAAAUUUAGAUUUAAAUUUCAUCCCAAAUGUGAUGAACUGAAGAUUACACACUUGGCCUUUGCCGAUGAUCUCAUGUUGUUCUCUAAGGGAGAUGCUGUCUCAGUAAACGACCUAAUGGAUUGCUUGAAGGAAUUCUCUCAGUGCUCUGGUCUCUCAGCAAAUUGUUUGAAAUCAAACUUGUAUCAGGCUGGUAUGAAGCCACGAGACUUGGAGAUUAUUUUAAAUCAAACAGGAUUCAAAAAGGGUAAAUUUCCUUUCAGAUACCUGGGAGUUCCACUGCUGUCAUCUAAAUUGAAUGCUGCCCACUACAGGCCUUUGAUUGAUAGAAUUGCUGGGUUGUUUAAAGGGUGGCCUGGGCAUACUCUAACUUAUGCUGGUAGAUUAGAAGUAAUUAAUUCAAUUAUCCAAGGGAUAGAAUGUUUUUGGCUUGCUAUUUUUCCAAUUCCACGGAAUGUUCUAAACCAAGUAAUCAAGCUAUGCCAAGUAUUCCAAUGGGGUGGUAAGAGGAAGGCCUUGGUUGCUUGGAGGGAAAUCUACAAGCCAAAACAAGAAGGUGGCUUGGGAGUGGUUGACCUCAAGACAUGGAACAGAGCACUGUUGACUAAAGCGUUGUGGAAUGUUCAAGCUAAAAAGGAUAGCUAUGGACGAAAUGGAUCCAUCAGUUCUACUUGA